CAAUACAGUUCUCACCACGAACAUGCCUUGCUCUCUUUCUCUGUUCAGUCUCUUCAUCCUCUUCUCCCUCAUCUGCGGUCCUGUUAUCCCCUUCGUCGCUUCUCUUUCCUUUAAUGUAAGUAGCUUCGACACUAGCCAAAGCGACAUACUGUACGAAGGAGUCGCGAAAACAGUAUCUGGAUCAGUUGUUCUCACGGAAGGCUCCGUUCAGCCCACCUGUCAAGUAGGGCACGUGCGGUAUGCCGAGCCCGUAGAUAUAUGGGAUUCUGUUACGGGGAAAGAAGCAGACUUCUCCACUCGUUUCUCUUUCACCAUUGAUAUUCCCAACUGCACUCAAUAUGGUGAUGGCCUGGCCUUCUUUCUUGCUCCUGUUGGCUUCGUGGUCCCCCCUAAAUCGGCGGGUAGAUUCCUAGGACUCUUCAGUGAGGACACGUAUGAUUCUCAGCCCCAUAACCAAACUGUGGUCGUCGAGUUCGAUAGUUGUGUGAACCAAGAAUUUGAUCCUCCGACGCAGCACAUAGGAAUCAACAGAAACUCGCUCUCAUCACUCUGUUCUGCCCCUUGGGAUGCUGGCUCACACAACGGUACUGUUACUAAUGUUUUGGUGACCUAUAAUUCCACUAGCCACAAUCUUACUGUGUCCUGGUCGUUUGAUGGUGAGCCGGUUUCGCCACAUAAGCCAGAGUCCUCGCUUUCUUGCGCGAUUAAUCUCGCCCAAGUUCUUCCUGAAUCAGUAGCAAUUGGAUUCUCAGCUUCGACAGGCCCACAUCCAGAGAGACACAGCAUCAACUCAUGGGAAUUUACUUCAAACUUGGAUGUCGUGCGUCCCCAAUCGGCAGAUACAUCAAGAAAGGGGGUAAACUCUAAGAUGUAUAGGGUGAUAACAUUCAUCACUGUUCCCGUAGCAUGUCUCUUGCUGGUUAUUUCAGCCGGUUCUUGCUUAAUUAUGAUCAAGAUGAGGAAAAUACGCGAGUUUCGGGCUCUCACUCACUUUGACAAAGAAAUAGCAGCAUUGCCCCUGGAAUUCUCUUAUCAAGAAUUGCUUGUUGCUACAAAUGGCUUUGCGAAUGAUCAAAGACUAGGCCAAGGAGGGUCCAGCCAAGUUUAUAAAGGAUUUUUGAGCCGUUUGGAUCGCCUAGUUGCCAUCAAAAGAGUCUUUGCAGAAUCCAAACAUUCAGAGAAGGUCUUCACCAACGAAGUCAAGAUACUAAGCCGCAUGUUACACCGAAAUCUGGUGCAAUUCAUUGGAUGGUGUCAAGAGGAAGGUGAGUUUUUGCUUGUUUAUGAAUAUAUGCCUAAUGGUAGCCUUGAUAAUCAUCUCUUUGGAACUCGAAAAUGUCUGCCAUGGGAUGUGAGGUACAAGAUCGCUUCAGGGCUUGCGCAAGCCCUCAACUAUCUUCAUGAAGACCUAGAGCAGUGUGUUCUCCACAGAGAUAUAAAAGCCGCCAACAUAUUACUCGACACGAACUUCAACACUAAGCUUGGAGACUUUGGAGUGGCUAAGCUCGUUGACCCCCAGUUCAGGACACAAACGACGGACGUGGUAGGGACGUAUGGUUACCUGGCGCCAGAAUACUUGAGUGAAGGUAAGGUUACUAAAGAAUCGGAUAUGUUCAGCUUUGGGGUCGUUGUUCUAGAAAUCGUAUGCGGCAGGAGGACCUAUCAGGAAGGUGAAUUUUACGUUCCGCUACGCAAGUGGGUUUUACAACUUUACCUUGCUGGAAACAUGCUUGAAGCAGCGGAUGAGACAUUGGGUUCGAGUUUCGAUAGGAAGGAAUUGGAAUGCUUGAUUAUGCUGGGACUGUGGUGCGUCCAUCCAGAUCCGAAGAGAAGACCAAAAGCAGGACAAGUCAUCAGAUUUCUUCGGCAAGAAGUCCCGGUGCCCGAGCUUCCAGUUGGCACAUACGAGGCUCCCACUUCAUAUCAGCCAUCAGCACAAAGAACAGAAUCGUCUUCUAUUGAAGAAUUCAGUUCCAGUACAGCAAGAUAGAUCAUGGCUGCUAUAGCCAGUUUGAAUUUUUUUGGAAAUAAAAUAGAUGCUGUGACGGAUUAUUUAUGGUCAAUCGACCUACUCUUGUUUAGAAA